AUGCUAGAACAAGCUCUAGAUGAAAAUGUGUCAGACACAGAGGAAGACUUUUUUCAAGAUGUUGAUAUAUUACAAAAGCAUGGCAUAAAUGUGGCAGAUAUUAAAAAACUAAAAACAGCUGGCAUUUGCACCAUCAAAGGUAUUCAAAUGUCCACGAAGAAAAAACUAUGUAAUAUCAAAGGUUUCUCGGAUGCGAAAGUAGACAAAAUUAAAGAAGCAUGCCAAAAAGUUGUUACUCUUGGCUUCAUGACUGCUUUAGAAGUAAGCGAUAAACGAAAGCAAGUAUUUAAAAUUAGCACGGGCAGUAGCGAAUUAGAUAAACUGCUGGCUGGUGGAAUAGAAUCAAUGGCAAUAACAGAAGUGUUUGGAGAAUUUCGAACAGGGAAGACCCAAUUAUCACAUACUCUGUGUGUGACUACGCAGAUACCCACGUCCAGCGGCUUCCACGGAGGGAAGGUCAUGUUCCUGGAUACCGAACACACGUUUCGCCCCGACAGACUUCGGCCUAUUGCUGACAGAUUCAAUUUGGACCAGAAUGCUGUCCUAGACAAUGUACUCUAUGCCAGAGCUUACACGUCAGAGCAUCAGGCGGAGCUCCUAGACUACGUAGCAGCAAAGUUUCACGAAGAGGCCGGGGUGUUCAAACUUCUAAUCAUUGACUCCAUCAUGGCGUUAUUUAGAGUAGACUUCUCUGGCCGUGGGGAGCUUGCCGAUCGGCAACAGAAGCUAGCUCAAGUUCUGUCCAGAUUGCAGAAGAUAUCUGAAGAAUAUAAUGUAGCAGUAUUCAUCACCAACCAGAUGACCGCCGAUCCAGGGGCCACGCUGUCCUUCCAAGUAGACCCUAAGAAGCCAAUAGGUGGAAAUAUCCUCGCUCAUGCAUCUACCACCAGAAUUUCCCUAAGAAAAGGAAGAGGCGAAAACCGCAUCGCAAAGAUCUACGACUCCCCUGACCUACCCGAAAGCGAAGCCACCUUUGCUAUUACCAGCGGAGGAGUAGCUGAUGCUAAAGACUGAAUAAAAAUAUUAAUAAAUAAGCAUAUCAUUAAAGGUCUGUUUGUACUUAGUCGUGUGUAUAAGUUGUUGACCCACAAAACGCAAGGAUUGGAAGAUAACUCCAGUAACCCCAACCAAUGUAGAGGCAUCAAAGUCCAAAGCAAGACGACUCGCAUUCGUUGUCUGCGGUGGCGUGAUUUGACUGAACCAAUCGCUAAUAGGAUGGCGGAAUUUGAUACGAUUAGAUAAUUCCGCUUUUUGUAAUUAAACUC